UUUUUAUGAAUGCAACACGGUAAAACUUCGCGAACUUAUAAAAGAUAUCCAAAGUGAUAAAUGGGCAGGUUAUCAAAAGCCUUAUUUUUCACAGAAUCUUAAAGAAGUUCUUCAACUCGAUGAAGAAUAA